AUGGAUAAAGCUCCCUCCACCCCUCCUCCAAAUCAAGAACCCUCCCUCAACGACGACGACUGGGACAUCCCCUCAAGAUCCGAAAAUUCUGAAGAUCUUCCUCUCAAAAAAAUGGACAAAGAUCAACCCUUCAAGCAGAUGCACCAACGCAUCAACUACGAUGUCUCUCAGCUGCUACAGCGCUUUGAGAAUAUCCUGGCCGUUGCCAGUUCUGACAACAGCAGUCACACUGCCACGGCCGUGGAGGCCAAUCAGCUGGAAGUCGAGACCGACGGGCUGAUCCGCGCUGCUGAGGACAUCCUCAGCCUCACUCGCACCAUGAAGGAAGCCUGGUACUACGGCAACCUUGACACCCUCGGCGAGAACGAGCAAGAUGUCCAGCGCCGCAAGAAGCUGGAGGAGGACGUCCAGGCCGUCGAGAAGGCCGUCGAGAAGGGUGUUCUCUCGAAGCUCUGCCCCGAGGAGACGAAGCCGGCUCAGGACAAGGACAAGAAGCAGGUUUAAUCUUGCUGCGGCCCCAUUCUUUUGUUUUUGCAUCAUAUCUACCGACUACCACGGCGUUUCGCGUUUCUUUCGUCUUUUGGUUUCUGGGAAGCAUCAGGUACAUAGCCAGCGGUUCUCGUUUUUUCGGGGACAUAUUCAAGUACAGGCCUGGCGUUUGGGAACUCUGGUGUUUGAUACCCAAUGAAUAGUUGAAUCAUAUGCUCACUGAACUACUCAGCGUGGCUUUCUUCAUAAGUCUUUAC